UAAUUCUCUUCUCCUCCUCAUUGUUUAGCCUGUGGACGUUAGAAGUUCUUCUUCUUCGAAGCUAAAUGUUCUUACAAAUUUCAAAAUGAAGGAAAUGAAACAAGCGAGGCAAUGAAUGGGUGGAGUGGUAUUUGUUUGUACAGAGCGGUUACAUGGGCAGCCUCUCCAUUACUAGCGUUGCACUUCCAUUUUAGGAGAUUGCGAGGCCUCGAACAUGCUCUCAGGUGGAGAGAACGCUUUGGCUCUGCCUCUCUCCCACGCCCUCCUGGCCCUCUUCUUUGGUUCCAUGCUGUUUCUCUAGGGGAAGGAAUGGCUGCGAUUCCUGUGAUUGAGCAGUGUAUUAAAAUGCGACCCUGCCUUAGGAUAUUGAUGACCACUUCAACAGUUACUGCCUUUUCUGUACUCCAAGAUAAGCUUCCAAAUGGCGUUAUCUGUCAGUUUGCUCCUGUGGAUACUCCUCCUGCUGUGGAUGCAUUUUUGAAACAUUGGCAUCCAGAUGCAGCUAUUUUUAUGGAGAGCGAACUGUGGCCAAAUCUCCUCCUUGCUGCUUCUAAAAAGGGGAUGGUACUUGCACUGCUGAAUGCUAGAAUGUCGUUUAAAUCUUUCAAGCACUGGUCAACUGUCCCAGCAAGAACACUUAUUGCAGCAAUACUCUCAAGAUUCUCUUUAAUUGCCCCCCAGAACACAAUUCAAGCAGUUCAUUUUCAGUUGCUUGGUGCACCCCCAUUCAUCAUUAAUUUUUCUGGCAACUUGAAAUAUGUUUCAGCAUUGAGUACUGUUAAUAAGAGCAUGAAUGUAAAUUUAGUAAUGGAGGAAUUGGCAGUUCAACUUUCAGACAGAGAAGUGUGGAUGGCUUCUUCAACCCACAAAGGGGAAGAAGAAGUAAUGUCUUGGAUCCACAAACAAUUAAAAAAGACCCACCCUAGAGUGCUCACAAUUAUUGUUCCUCGUCAUCCUCAAAGAGGAAAUGAGAUCACUCAGGUUUUGAGAAAGCAAGGAAUGUGUGUUGCUCGUCGAUCCCAAAAUGAAAAGAUUAUUCCAGAAAUUGACUUUUAUAUAGUUGAUACAGUAGGUGAGCUGAAGGACUUAUACAAAAUCUCUCCAAUAGCAGUUGUAGGAGGAUCAUUUCUUCCAGGGUUAGCAGGUCAUAACAUUGCUGAGGCUGCAGCUGCAGGCUGUGCUGUUCUUACAGGACCUUAUAUUGGGCACUUUGCUCAGAUGGUAGCAGAAAUGCAAAGAUUAGUUCCUCUGUCAGUUAAGCAGGUAUCUGGAAAAUGGGAAUUGCUUACAGUGCUGCAGGACCUACUUGAUAAUGUUAAAUUUCUAGAAGCUUGUAGACAGGCUGCAAGACAUGCAUCUUUAACAGCAGCAACAGGAGUUAUUCACAGAGUUUGGCAUCUGCUUGACACGUUUGUGCUGACUAAAGCAUUUGGCAAAGCUGCUACCCCAUGUGGUUUGCCAGGGGAAGGUGAUGGGAGCUUUCAUUCUUCUGUUAACUAAUAGCCCUGCAUUCCGCAUUCUUCUAGCAGUGUGAUGUAACAAGAUCAGUUGUUGCAAAAGUUGUAAAAGAUCUUACUGGCAAACUUUAUGUAAAUCCUCAUGAUGCUUGGUUAAGGUUGUGAGGUAGCAAAAGCUGGCCAUCGGACUGAAAUGGAAAACAAGAAUCUGCCAAAGUUUCUGACAAUUUUGAACUCAUUAAUUUCUUAAGCUACACUGAUCAGAAAUGCCUGAUAAGCUUUAGAAUUUUUUAUUUUUUUUGGCUGGAACUGUUAAAAAGUCAUACUUCUGUAAAAGAGAAUGGUACUAUUUAUGUUGAGAUUCCACAGUGUAUUAUAGUAAGAUAAAGCUUCUGGGAUAAAAAUUCUGGAAAAAUUUGCAAUAGCUUUUAAUCAAUGUUUUUGACCGCUCUUUGUGAUCCAUCAUCAGGGUACAUGAGUGAAUUGGUGUGCAUACUCAGCACUUAUAUAUAUCAGUACUGUAUCAUUCCUUACAAGAAAAUUUUCCAAAUUGAAAUGUUUAGUCUCAGAGAAAACCA